AUGGCGGCGGGCGGGUGGCACAUGGCGGGCGGGGGGCGGCGGCGGCGGGGCCGGGCGGGCGGGGAGGCGGAGGGCGCUGCGGUGCUGCAGAGGCUGCGGGAGGCGCGGGACGAUCUGCUGAGCUCCGGCUUCUGGGCGGCGAGCGCCGGAGCCGUGCGGGCCCCGCUAGGCGGCGGCGCGGAGCCACCCGCCCUCUGCGUCUGUUACGGCCUGGGGCGGUUCAGCGGCUGCCCCGCCGCCCGGCACCAGCUGGCCUUCCUGCUGCUGCUGCUGGAGGAGCUGGGGGUGCCGCCCGGCCGGUGUUCCCUGUUCGACCCCGCCUUCUCCGCCCAGGAGGCGGCCGCGCUGGGGGAACUGGGGCUGCGGCUCCUCCCGGACAACGAGGAGGGGAAACACGGCAUCGAGGGAUCCGCCACGCUGUUUUACAUGGUGCACUGCGGAAAAGCCUUGUACAACAACCUGCUGUGGAGAAACUGGUCUGAAGGGGCUCUGUCCAAAAUGGUCAUCGUCGGGAACAGCUUUAAAGGAAUGGAGGAAAGAUUGUUGUCAAGAAUAUUGGAGAGAGAUUAUUCUUACAUAGCAAAGGUCUUGAAAGGGACAGAGGAGGUGGCGCUCCCUGCUCACCCUCGCUAUCUCGACACCUUUAACGACACGUCCAUCCACUGGUUUCCCUUGCAUAAACUGAAGGAACUCUCCCCUGAGGUCUGGGACUUUGUGGAGGAGCCAAUGUACCAAGACUGCGACGACUUGGAGAUCAUCAGAAAGGACGACAGAGCCGACGGGGGCAGUCCUGUUGCCGCCGAGUCCUGACUGCUCUCAGCGGCGGUGGAGGGGGGGGGGGGGGGCUCGGGGCUGCCUCUCUUCCCACAGCAGCUUCUGUGCUGCCAAGAUGUAGCUGAAGCACCGACAGUGUCGUCGUGCUCCACCAAAAGUGGCAACACCUGAACACGAGCAUGAUGGGAUAUUUUUGUAUCUUAAUUAUUUAAUAAAAGGUAAAGCUGU